AUCUCUAAUUUGCCGUGUUCACUGGCGUCGCGCGCGCCGCGCCGCGCGGCGCGCGGUUUCCUCCAGUUCGUUGCAGGUCUGCGCGAGAAGCGGCGAAGGAGGAUCGUGGAGAGCUUCGAAGCGCGAUGUACGAGAACACGCGCGUGUCGCCGCGAGUUUUCACGGCGAUACAGAAUGUCGACAUCAUGGAGCUGUCUCUGUGCUCGCACAAGGAGAUCAGGCCCAUUCUGCCGUGCUUGGUUAGGAUGAGCCUCAUCUCGCCGCUGGACAUAACGAGGGACUGCGUGGAGGGCAGGAAGCAAGUGCUGACGAUAUUGUCCGGCAUCGAGUCUGUUAAUUCCAUCAUCGCCCUGUUAUCCAUCGACUUCCACGCCCUCGAGACCGACGUCCGGCAGGAGCAGCAGUUGAGACAGAAGCACGGCAGCGUACAACGGGACAGCGUGCUGGCCCAGUCGCUGCAGAGCGGCCUGGCGCUGGAGUUCGAGCGCAGCGAGUCCAUUCGUAGGAUCAGGCUGGUGCUCAGCGAGAUUCUGUUCAUAGCGUCUCAGGUGCAGGAGCUGCAGAAGAAUCAGGAGUUUCAGAUUCGGCAGUCGGAUCUGUUCGAUAACGCCGUCUACAUGGAGGAGAUAAGCUACGUCAUCUGCAUCGCGCUGGCCGAGUUGCCGACGUUGCUGUCCAUCCUGGAGAUCACGGAGACCCUGUUGCACGUGAAGCACGGGCCCGAUAUAAUAUGCUGGAUCGUCGCCAACAGUCCGGACAGCUUCUCGGAGGUGUGCGCGCACCUGAUCGCCAACGGGGAGCGGCAGGAGGAGUCCGCGCUGGGCAGGAUCCGUACGCAGGCGAUCACGAUGCUCUGCCAGACGAAUCCGAGCCAGGCGCUGGCGGUCCGCGCCAAGUGCGUGGAACUGUGCCGUAUGCCGGCGCUGGCGAUCACUCUGAGCCUGGAGCACGAGGAGGCGAACGACUCGCGGCCCGAGAGCGACGUCGUUGCGUUCGUGUCCGGCCUUCUGCUCGGUAGCGAUCAGCAGGUACGCACGUGGAUCGCGAUGUUCAUCAGGAACGGGCAGAAGCGCAAGUGGGAGUCGCAGACGGCCCUGCAGUCGCUGCGGGAGGAGUUGCUCAAGCGGCUGCAGACGAUCGCGUCGCAGAGUACGGACAGUCAGCUGGCGGAGUCGCAGGUCGUACAGGCGAGCGCGCUGCUCCGCCUGUACUGCGCCCUGCGCGGCAUCGGCGGCAUCAAGUUCCAGGACGACGAGGUGGCGAUGAUCGUGCAACUCCUGACGUCGCAUCCGCCACCGUCGCCGGCCGGCGUUAGAUUCGUAUCCCUCGGUCUCUGUAUGCUAAUAGCGUGCCCCUCCCUGAUCGGCCACCACAACCUGGAGAAGCGCAGCAUCGAGUGGGUGCAGUGGCUGGUGCGCGAGGAGGCGUACUUCGAGAGCGCGAGCGGCGUCACCGCUAGCUUCGGUGAGAUGCUGCUGCUGAUGGCGAUACACUUCCACAGUAAUCAGCUGUCGGCGAUCUGCGAGUUAGUGUGCGCCACCCUCGGCAUGAAGAUACCCAUCAGGCCGAACAAUCUCACGCGGAUCAAGCAGAUCUUCAUGCAGGAGAUCUUCACAGAGCAGGUGGUAACCGCGCACGCGGUUAAGGUGCCGGUCACGGCGAAUUUGAACGCGAACAUCCCCGGCUUCCUGCCGGUGCACUGCAUCCAUCAGUUGCUCAAGUCGCGGGCGUUCGCCAAGCACCGGGUGCCCAUCAAGAACUGGAUAUACCGGCAGAUCUGCGCGAGCGUGCCGCCGCUGCACCCGGUCCUGCCGGCUCUCGUUGAGGUCUACGUCAACUCCGUCCUGAUGACCAACAACAAAACGUCCGAGCACACGAACAAGCCCAUCACCGAGAACGAGAUUCGCCAGGUGUUCCAGAACAGCGUGUUCGGGGCGAAUUUUGACUUCAAGAAGAGUCCCGUCAACGCGAUGCAGGUGGAUGCCGACAGUAUGGACAUCGACGCGGCGAAACCCUCGCUCACCUCCCAGCUACUGCUGCUAUAUUAUCUCCUGCUCUACGAGGACGUGAGACUGUCCAACAUGCACACCUUCAUGGCGCAGAACAGGAAGGUCAAGUCGUACUCGACGGAGUUUCUGUCCGAGUUGCCGAUCAAGUAUCUGCUGCAGCUGGUCCAGCGGGAUCAGUUGAACUAUGCCAGCCUGUUCUCGCCUCUCCUCCGACUGCUGGCCACGCACUUCCCACAUCUGUCGCUGGUGGACGACUGGCUCGACGACGAGAUGAUCAACAUAGACUCCGCCAUUGCGAGCUACGAGAGCACGAAGAUCAGCGACAUCGCGAUCGUCGAGGCGUUCAGCCACGUCAAAACCUGCCCGUCGAGGACCGGUAGAUUACUCAGGCAACUGAUGACGCUCAAGCCGACUGAGAUCUGGCCUCACGCCGAGCUGAUAAUACACUAUUUCAAGGAUAUCCUCGACGAGCAGGUGCCUAGAUAUAUACAAGAACUUUAUAAACAAGUGUGGCUCAGACUUAAUACUGUACUACCGCGUUGUCUGUGGGUCCUCUCCAUAAACGCGCUGCUAAUAGAGAAUUCGAUAGUAAAAAAUGUCUUUUUAACACAAGACAACAUCGUGCUGGAUCCGCUGCAAGUAUUGAGAUGUGACACGAGAGUUUUCAGAUGCGCGCCGAUUUUAUCCGUGAUCCUAAGAAUUUUACAAGCCACGCUGGCCGCUUCGCGAUCUCAAUUAUCCAGACACAUGCAGGACAAGCCUCUGACCGAGAAAAUCGGGCAGCUGACGAGCGAAACGGAAAGGGAGGAUUUGAGGAUAGCAUUGGUGGCGGGUCAAGAGAGCGCGGCUGUGCAGAUCUUAUUGGAGGCAUGCCUGGAAACGGAGGAAGACAGAAAAACUCCCGGACAAAUGUGGUCCCUUCGGGAGAUACGGAGCGUCGUGUGCUCCUACCUGCAUCAAGUAUUCAUAGCCGAUCCGUCUCUAGCGAAAUUGGUUCACUUUCAGGGUUACCCACGAGAAUUACUCCCGAUCACGGUAUCCGGGAUUCCAUCUAUGCACAUAUGCCUCGAUUGGAUCCCGGAAUUAUUGUCGCAACCCGAAUCUGAGAAACAAGUGUUCGCCGUUGACUUGGCUUCGCAUCUAGCGAUUCAGUACGCUUUACCGAAGGCCCUGAGCGUUUCUCGAUUAGCAAUCAACACCCUGAUAACGCUACUGGGCGUGUUGUCCGCCGAGGAUCGUGUCAUUCUUUUCAUGCCGGUAUUGUCGUCGCUGACGCGAAUAUGCCUGGCCUUUCCGCCGCUGGCCGAGGAUAUCACGGGACUGUUGGUGCAACUUGGCAGAGUCAGCACGGCACAGGCGGCACUGGGUGACAAAGCGGCGGAUCUGUUGUGUCAAGAAGUGAACACUACGUUUUGCACGCUACUGCAGAAAGCUAUAUUGCAAUCGCGAGUUUACUGAGGCGCGACUAGCUAGCUGUAGUAAAGAACUGUUGACUGUCUUGAGAGUUAAUAAUAUAUUAUUUGUACAUAAAUCUGUAUUACUUGUCCACCAUUGUAAAGCAACUUUCAAUUUUGUAAGCUACUUUUUUAAUCAUAUACGAAUUUAUGGAGAUAUCUUUGAUACAUUUUGUGGUAUUAACCCAUUAUAGGUCGGCGGCGAUCUACAGGCUGUGGACUGCCAGAAGUAAGAAAAUUCAGGACACUAGAUUAAAAUAUGUAACAUUGUGAAAAAAAAAUUUGCCAUACUUUUAAAAUGGCAGACCAAUAUAGCCGAUCGGAUCCCGUAAAAAUCCAGAUUGUACGGAGGGAACUCGUUUUCACUCGAACCAUAUGCAUCUAAAUCCUUCAAAGCUAUGAAAUUUGAUUAAAAUGUAGAAUAUAUAGAAAAAAAACGAAAAAUUUUUUACAAUCAAAAUUAAAAAUGGCAAAUUUUAGUUUUACAGCCGUAUUGGGUUCGCCAUCGUGAACUUCUAAGUGCACAUUCGUAAUCAGCGACCCUCAAAACCCCUGUAUCCAACUUUUUACCGGAAAAAAUGUCUUUCAUCUGCCAGUUUGAAUGUUAAGUAUGGAAAAUGUUUUUUUCAUAAUUUCACGUAUUUUGAUCUAAUGUCCUGAAUUUUUUAGUUUCUGGCAAUUCACAGCCCGUAGAUUGCAGGCGGCCUGUAACGGGUUAAUGAGACUGUACUGCUCAACCAUUCGUUAAGUACCAAGUAAAUCUAUCAAAGUAAGUCAAAGAUAUGUGUGCAAGAUGAUUAAUGAGUCAUCGUGCGUUUUCCUGUAUCUGACGUCUUUUCUUGCAUACGGGAAUACCGCACAGUUGCGUGUGUAUAUAUUUGGAAUUUAAACGUAAGUACAUGAAAUAAUUAUCGAUCCAAUGACCCUUGUCUCUGUAACAGAGACAAAAGCAAUUUCUUAU